GUGAGUGUGUGUGUGUGCGCGCGCGCGUGCAUGUGUGAGUGUCGCCAUAGCAACUAGGCUGGUGGUCUGGCCCAGGAGACCUGGGAGCGAGGGAAGGAGGAAGCCAGGGGAGGCGGAGGCUCCGUGGGCACGGCGGACUGGCGGGCAGGCGCGGCGGCCUGGGUCUUCCUGGAGGAGUUGGGAAACACCGGGCAAUUCUCGUGCCUGGUCCGUGCUGGCGCCGGGAGCCCGUGUGUUGGAGUGACCUGGAAGCCCAGCCCCUGUGGAGCCAGGCCUUCUGCCUGCAUGCCCACCCGCUGGCACAAGCUACCCUCUCCCUUGACACCGAGGAAGAGAGGUCAGUGAGGGCCCCACAGACUCAGAGGCCGUGCCUGGCCCGGGGCCAGACACUCCAGUUCUCACACCCAGUCCGCUUGCCAGAAGUGCUGCAUGAGGGGCCGCAGGGGCGACCGCAUGACCAUCAACAUCCAGGAGCACAUGGCCAUCAAUGUGUGCCCUGGGCCCAUCCGGCCCAUCCGACAGAUCUCUGACUACUUCCCUCGCCGAGGGCCAGGACCCGAGGGUGGUGGGGAGACCCCAGCUCAUCUAGCUCCCUUGGCUCUGGCCCCCCCUGCGGCUCUCCUUGGGGCCACCACACCCGAUGAUGGAGCUGAGGUGGACAGCUACGACUCCGAUGAUACCACUUCCCUGGGCACGCUGGAGUUUGACCUUCUCUAUGAUCAGGCCUCUUGCAUGCUGCAUUGUAGAAUCCUCAGGGCCAAGGGCCUCAAGCCCAUGGAUUUCAACGGCCUAGCUGACCCCUAUGUCAAGCUGCAUCUUCUUCCAGGAGCCUGCAAGGCUAAUAAGCUAAAAACUAAGACUCAGAGGAACACGCUGAACCCUGUGUGGAAUGAGGACCUGACGUACAGCGGGAUCACUGAUGACGACAUCACUCACAAGGUGCUCAGGAUCUCCGUCUGUGAUGAGGACAAGCUGAGCCACAAUGAGUUUAUUGGGGAGAUCCGAGUGCCCCUCCGCCGCCUCAAACCUUCACAGAAGAAGCAUUUUAACAUCUGUCUUGAGCGCCAGGUUCCGCUUGCUUCACCUUCUUCCAUGUCUGCAGCGCUGAGGGGCAUCUCCUGUUACCUGAAGGAGCUGGAACAGGCAGAGCAGGGCUCUGGGCUGAUGGAAGAGCGUGGGCGCAUCCUGCUGGGCCUCUGCUACAGCACCCCGCGGCGAGGGCUGCUGGUGGGCAUCAUUCGUUGUGCCCACCUGGCUGCCAUGGAUGUCAACGGUUACUCUGAUCCUUAUGUGAAGACGUAUCUGAGACCAGAUGUAGAUAAGAAAUCCAAGCAUAAAACCUGCGUGAAGAAGAAGACACUAAACCCAGAAUUUAAUGAGGAAUUUUUUUAUGAGAUGGAGCUCUCCACUUUGGCCACCAAGACUCUAGAAGUUACAGUCUGGGACUAUGAUAUUGGCAAAUCCAACGACUUUAUAGGUGGUGUUUCCCUGGGGCCAGGAGCCCGGGGAGAGGCUCGGAAGCAUUGGAGAGACUGUCUACAGCAGCCAGAUGCAACCCUGGAGCGCUGGCACACCCUGACCAGCGAGCUGCCCCCAGCAGCCGGGGCUCUCCCUAUGGCCUGAGCAGAAUGCAACUGCCCCUCAGGCUGGGUCCAGUACCCAACCUUCGCACGAGUGUGUUGCACGUUUACACGGGGUGGGAUGCCCCCCGCCCCGCACUAUCUGUCUUAUUUUUGUGCGAGUCUCUGUGACUGUCGGUCUGUUUUCUUGUAAGGGACUGUGGAGGUCUAUAUUCACAUAUGCAAACUUUCCUCUUGCCUGACUCGCUGUUACCUGCAAAUAUGCAAACCACCCCAUGCACAUGGUGGGGGUGGGGGAGACCUAUCAGCGCCCAGGCCCCUCCCCAAACUGCUCUUCUCUUGGCCUCUCCAGGCUGCCCGGCCCUCUAUCCUAAAGGGGAGGAGGUCGGAUUAGGGGAGAUUUGGAGGAGAAUGUUUAAAAAAAAAAAAGAUAAGCAAAAAGAGAAAAAGAGCCAAUCCUUUAAUAUAGAAUCUUCAUUUAAAAAGUCCCAGCCUUGUUCAGCUGCCCUUUUAAAAGGGAUGGCCCCUAUAGGAUCUGUGCCUCCCUAAGAGGUGGCAGACACUCCUGGCUACUAAUUUAAAUAACUGUCCCCUGAAUGGGGCUGGGAUAUGAAGGGAGGGCCCCUGCCAUCUUCCUGAGGGACAUCUGUGCAUGUUUACGCCUUUUCUGAUUGUGUCAGUGGCCGAAGCAUGGCAACUGGGCAUCAAUAAACAUCUCUGAGGAAGUGA